AACGCAAUCAAUAACCCACAGCAAAAAGAGGAAGAAGGAGAAGAAGAGAAGCCAAGUGGUUUUAAUAUUCAGGUUCGUAAUGAAGAGAGAAAGAGAAAACGGAAACGAUAUUCAGGGUUUCGACAUUGCUAAAUGUCUGAUGCUUUUGUCUCAAGGCUUUGAAACGACCAAGAAUCCCAACCCUUCGAUCGACAACGAGGUUUUCGAAUGCAAAACUUGCCACCGGCGGUUCUCAUCGUUCCAAGCAUUGGGCGGCCACCGUGCCAGCCAUAAGAGACCCAAAUUGGCGGCGGAGAAAGCGAACGAUGAGACACAGACGUUCCUUAGUUUAUCCACGAAGCCCAAGACGCACGAGUGCUCUAUUUGUGGCCAGGAGAUUUCGAUGGGGCAAGCUUUGGGUGGCCAUAUGAGGAGGCACAGACCCACCGUGAACGAAACCGUCUCUCAGCCGUUUCCGGCUGUUUCGGCGGUGCAGGUGUUGAAGAGAUCGAAUAGCAGUCGGAGGGUUGCGUGUAAUUUGGACUUGAAUUUGACGCCAUUGGAGAAUGAUUUGCAAGUUUUGUUUGGAAACAAGGCUCCCAAGAUUGAUAUCUGUUUUUGACAUUUUAUUCCCAGAUUGUAAACGCUUGUAAUCUUCAUUUCAUUAACCAAAAUUUUUAAUUUGUUUCU